AAAACAACUUUGCGCUCCGCAGGAGGAUGCUGCGGCUCGAUGAGAAAGAGAACCAUCGUCGGCGGGUACGCGUUCACCUGGUGGUUCGUCACCGACGUACAACGGUUGUCGCUGGAGGUGAUGACUCUGAACCCGGUGUGCGAAAGCGUGGAGACGGCGCAAGGAGUACCGCUAACGGUCACCGGAGUAGCACAGUGCAAAAUCAUGAAGGCGGACGAAUUGUUGCACACUGCCAGUGAACAGUUUCUCGGAAAGAGCGUUCACGAGAUCAAGUCGACGAUCCUGUCCACCUUGGAGGGUCAUCUUCGAGCUAUAUUGGGAACUCUCUCCGUGGAGGAAGUCUACAAGGAUCGAGAUCAAUUUGCGGCUCUCGUGCGAGAAGUCGCCGCGCCGGACGUCGGUCGCAUGGGCAUCGAGAUCCUCUCGUUCACGAUAAAGGAUGUUUAUGACGAGGUUCAAUAUUUGACAUCGCUCGGCAAAGCCCAGACGGCCGCUGUUAAAAGAGACGCCGAUGUGGGCGUCGCCGAGGCUAAUCGAGAUGCUGGUAUUAGGGAAGCAGAAUGCGAAAAGUCGGCGAUGGAUAUCAAAUAUAAUACCGAUACCAAGAUAGAGGACAACGCGAGACUCUACCAAUUGCAGAAGGCCAAUUUUGAUCAAGAAGUAAAUACAGCGAAAGCCGAAGCCCAGCUAGCUUACGAGCUUCAGGCGGCAAAGAUAAAGCAGCGAAUUCGAAACGAGGAGAUACAGAUAGAAGUUGUGGAAAGGCGCAAACAAAUCGAAGUCGAGGAGCAGGAGGUCCGUCGGAAGGAACAUGAGCUCCAGAGCACAGUGCGAUUACCAGCCGAAGCUGAAUUCUAUAAAAUGGGAAGAAUUGCCGAGGGAAAGAGGUAGACAGAUGAUCGCGUUAUACUAAA